AUGCAGGGACCACCGCCUGGACUCGAGAAGGAGGAUACUGGCGACUGCUUUGGCGGGUGCACCGCUGGUCCUGGAGCUUGGGGCCCUGGUGGCAAUGGUGGUGGGCCUCGCCGCCUGCUGGCUGCGCUGCGUAUGCUGCAGGAAACCGGGAUGCUUACUCCGGCCAUGUUCGCGUCGCUGGCAGUGCAGUGGCUUCCUUUGCUGACCCAGCGCGUGGCUCGCAAGGUUGACAAGAUCAAUCAUGUGGCCCGUGAUGGGCUCAAUGAGACCUGGAAGAAGCUCUUGGAAAGAAUACAGGAGCAAGCUUCGGAAACUCCUGGCUUGGAGGCGUUUGCUUCUCCGAUCUCGGAGGCGCUUCGAAGCGGGAACGGUGGCAACGGACAGAGGCGUCUGGGCGAAGCCAUCCUCGAACUUCUCAAAGCACUACGAGGGCUGAGCUUUGAGGUUCAAACCAGAUUCUGCGAGCAAGUUUCUGCUAGCUUGCUCCCUUUUUUGGAGGACCUUACCAGAUCCUGGACCGGUGACGAGUGUGCGCCAAGUGGCAACCUCACCCCAUGGCAGCACCAUUUUGGCAUCAAGUGUGAGGGUUGCGGCGUCAAUCCGAUCGUGGGGCCGCGCUUCAAAUGUCUUGCUUGCCCAAACUACGACCUCUGUGGCAAUUGCUACCCGUCGAAGAUCCAACUGCACGGAAGUUGUCCUGGCUGCCGCAAGGACUUCCAAUGCUUUAUCUUCCCAGGCAAAGAUGCAAAGAGUAAAAACCACAAAGGAGUCAGUGAAAAAGCAGAGAAGGCAGCCGCUGCAGCCGACCAGCGAGCUGCCGAGUUCAAGGGCUGGGCCGGCAAAGGUGUUGCAGGGCCGCUAGGACUGAUGGCUUCGGUGGCUGCUGGACUCGGACACGGUCUUGGGGCUCCUGGCAGCUUCCCAUUCCAUCAUUUUGGCAACUUUCCCAUCCCUGGGGCCGAGUUUGGCCAACCGGAUGAUGGACAGCAGGACUUGCCUUGGAUAGAUCACAUGCCCUGGGGUAAGGGCAAAGGCAAGAAGGGUUGGAGAAGGUCCAAAGGAUGGCAUCCUCAAGAAGAGCAAAGAAACGAGGGGCUCAGUGCGGAUGAAGAGUUUGAGAAAAACCUUGCCACUUUGCGCGAACUCCGGCUGGGAAGUGAUGAGGUGCUGCGAGAUUUACUAGUUGCCUGUGAUGGAGAUGUUACGCGUGUUGUCAGAAUACUUGUACAUGAUACCUGA